CAAAAGGUGAACAGUCAACAACUUUCUCCUUUCUUGAGUUUGUGAAUGAAUAAUUUGUGAAUAUUUGGAAAAACCGCUGCACGAUUCGAAUUUCGAAUAAACAAAUAAUGUAAAGAAUUUUUUUCAAGUGGUUUUUUCCUGGAAGGAUUGGCUCAUCGCCCUCAUCAUGGUGCUCGAUUUGAAUUCACCAGCUCAUACUUUAUGGAAGAGUGAUCUUUACCGUAUGCAGCUAGAAGCACCAGUUCCAAUACCGAUACUAUGUGAUGACAUCUUGCCCAACAGGCCUGCAUUUUUAGGUCAAGAUUAUCAUGGAGCUAUAUCCCAUGUACAGGCCUCGAAACUUCUUAAUUCACAUGAAAAUGGAGCCUAUUUAGUGCGAAGCAGUAGAUCUGCCAAUGGGGAAUUUUAUACUUUAAGUCUGAAAUUUAAUGGCAAAAUUCAUCAUUAUAAACUAUACUUUGAUCCUGAUGGUGGUUUAUUUGUGAGGGAAAAACGUUACGAUUGUGCUAGGUCUUUAGUUGCUGAUGGCCUAGUAACUAUGUAUAUAGAAUUGAAGGCUCCUUUAAUAUUACAAAGACUGACUAGUGUUAAUUAUCAUGAGAGUCCUUACAUGACUUUGACCCUAAACAAACGGAAAUUGAGAGCCUUGUCGAAACAAAAUGCUUUGAAUAAAAAUUUGUUUGCAAAUUCGAAUAGCGUGGAUAAUAUACCAUUAUCUCAACAAAUCUUAGGGCAAACAUUACCGGAAAAAGUUGAAAAACCUCAUGUUUUUAAACUCACAACAUUCAAAGGUCUAAAUUGGUGCGAACUUUGUGCUAAUUUUCUUUGGGGUUUUACGUUACAAGGUCAGAAGUGUGAAGACUGUGGAGUAAUUGCUCACAUUAAAUGUUCAGAGAAAUUUGCAAAUGAUUGUAUCCCAGACCUGAAAUUCCUAAGAGGCGUAUUUGGAAUUGAACUUACUACUUUAUUAAGUGCUUAUAAAGCUGAAUUACCGUUUGUAGUGACGAAAUGUGUUGCUGAAGUUGAAGCUAGAGGUCUAACAACUGAAGGCAUCUACAGACUGAGCGGUUUUGCUGAUGAAAUUGAUGCAAUUAAAAUGGCACUUGAUAGAGACGGUGAAAGAGCUGAUCUUUCAAUGGAAAAAUAUCCAAAUAUUAAUGUAAUUACUGGAGCUUUAAAGCUUUAUUUGAGAAUAUUGCCUGUGCCUCUUGUUACUUUUGAGGUGCAUCCUAGACUGAUUGAUUCAAUACAACAUAAUGAUGUGGAUUUGCAAGUGUCUUCAAUUAAACAUGCCUUGUUAUUGUUACCAAAACCACAUUAUGAUACUUUGAAGUUCAUGAUUCAGCAUUUAAACAGGAUCGCUCUUCAUUCGCCCAUAAACAAAAUGAAUGGCCUUAACUUAGCUACUGUGUUUGCUCCAACCCUAAUUCAUCACCCCACAAAUAUUAUACCAGAUGUUAGGAGCGAUAUACUUCUUUUGGAAAUGAUGAUCAACAAGUGUCAUGAUGUUUUUCUUAAAUAACUUUUAUUUUAAUAAUAAGAAAUGGGCUCUCUUUUUUCAUGCUGAAACAUAGUAGAUAUUAAUUUUCAAAAAUGUUUAUUUUGUAUUUUGACGCUUGGGGUUUAUAAGACGCAUAAGAAACUUUUGUAUCAAUAUCAGUGGGCUACAAAGCUCAUUCCACUGCCUCGCUAGUGAAUUUUAAAAGCUUGUUUUUGCUCGUUUUUAAUGUGAUUAUCUUUACUAGCAACUUUUGUGAUUUUUUUUUUGAAAAUAUGGCAAUAAUAAGGUAUCAUCUAACCAAGGGAAAAACCACUUGACAGUAAAGUAAGUAGCAGAGAAAGUAAGGUUAUUUUGUUUAUUUCUCGAGAAGUAUCCCUUCCCAAGCAUCCCUUUCGAUUUGCACUUUGGAAAGGGAUGCGUUUUAGAUAUUUGAAUUUUAAAACAAGCAAAAACCUCUAAGAUAUUUCUAAUUUGUAAAACUAAUACACUGUUUGUGAUAUCCAAAAGCAAGUUGGUGAAUUUUGGUAAAAUCUGGGGAAGUUUGGGAACAUACCUGUGAAACAAGAGGAAAUAUCUAUCAAAUAAUAGUGAAAUUGUAGUUUCUAUCUGAAAUUUUAGAGGGGGGGUUUUUCUCUGCUAUCCAACCUGACUAAAUGUAGGUAAUGAUUUCCUUCAGCAGGAAAAGUUGAUCUUUCCAAAUUCAUAGAUAACUAUGAACCAGAUAUUUGGUACUGCCCACAGUAGGUGUAAGUGAUUAUAAUGGUUUAACCAAUUUUUAUUUAUUAUUAGGAAACCGCUUGAAACUUAUUUUUUCUGUGCAAUUUUUGUUAUUUUAUUUUUAGCCUGAUCUUAUCACAAAUGUUUAUUAGAAUAUAGUAUAUUUCAAGCAUGAAAUGCUGUCUUAAACCAGACCAUUUUAAAUGGUCUUUUUCUACUAUAUUCAUUUAUUUAUUUUUCUGAAAUGAAUGUUUCAUUGUUUAUUUGAACAAAACUGAUAAUGUGUUCCAAAGUGAGAUUUGUGAUUCCUUUGAAUUAUUGUGAUAUUAUGUGUUUGAAAAUUGGUUCCAUUGUUUGUAUUUAUUUCUUAUUUUCACCUUCAAAAAGAACUAGUUUCUCAUUUAUUCGUGCAUUUAUAUGUAUUAUUAUUCUGUUAUAUUUAUUGAUAUUAUGCUUGAUUGUGACACCCAUGUUAUACAUAUUUACAUUCCCCUUUUAUCUAUUUAACAUACAUUCGCUUUCUUUUUUUUCAAAUCGGUGGCAAUAAAAAUCUAGGGAAAGUUGUGAUGUAUGUGUAAAUAAAAAAUUCCCAAUCCCUUAAAGAUUCCCUAUGUAUCCUAUCCAAAUCCUAUAAGUUGUUUUUUUUUUUAUCUGAAGUCUCUGCAUUAUAGUUUCAAAGCGUUCGAAUUUUAGAGAUGGUACGAGCAUUUUUGGAUUUGCUGUUUUUUUUUUUUGCAAAAUUUGGUACCUAUUUAUUCUGUUAAUGCAUCCUUUCAAUAUUUAGCUGAAAAGUUUGUUCUGUUGUCAUUUUGAAAAACAAUGCUCCCAUACCAUUUUUGGUGUUCCAUGACCCCCUAUUCCAAAAAAAAGAAAGUGAAUGGAAUGCGAACAUUAUAUUCAUUAUUUAUUUUCAUUUUUUUCAUGCUUACUUAAUAUAUAAUUUGUGUAACCCUAAUGUAAUCUAGCUUCUUAAGUGUUCGUUUAGCGUUUAGCUUUAUACUUUUAUAAAUCAAUAUUAUCAAAAAAAUUGUAUGUUUUUAUGCAG